CCCUCGGCAGCCCCGUGGCGGCGGGCGGGCGCGGCGGUUGCCAGGCGGGUUGCUAGGUCCCGCCUACCGCGGCCGCCAGGGUGGGUCGGUCCGUCUGGCUGCGGCGCGGCGCUGGCUGGUCGGCGGCCGUCGGCUCGGCGGAGGGGCGCGUCCGGCCCGCGGCGCGGGGCCCAGCGGAGGAGCGGCGGCGGGGCGCGGGGAGGCCGCGCGGCCCGAGCGGCUUUCAGAUAAAGCUUAUUGAAGGCACAAUGGAACGGUUUGGAGUGAAGUCCGCUCCGUCACGUAACCGCUCGAAGACUGCUUUGUAUGUAACUCCUCAGGAUCGCGUAACUGAGUUUGGCAGCGAGCUGCACGAAGAUGGAGGAAAGCUCUUCUGUACUUCCUGCAAUGUGGUUCUGAAUCACGUUCGCAAGUCCGCGAUCAAUGACCACCUCAAGUCUAAAACACACACAAAGAGAAAGGCAGAGUUUGAAGAACAGAACGUCAGGAAGAAGCAAAGGACUCUGACUGCCUCCCUUCAGUGCAACAGUACUGCCCAGACAGAGAAAACCAGCGUCAUCCAGGACUUUGUGAAAAUGUGCCUGGAAGCUAAUAUUCCACUUGAGAAGGCUGAUCAUCCAUCUGUGCGAGCCUUCCUGUCCCGCUAUGUCAAGAAUGGCAGUUCGAUACCUAAGUCAGACCAACUAAGGAAAGCAUACCUGCCUGAUGGGUAUGACAAUGAGAACCAACUCAUCAAUACUGAAGACCGUUGAGAAGAAAACUGUUUUCAUCAUUGUUGUGAAGUUUUACAUAUUGAUGGUGUGGUUUAUUUUUAUAUUCAUGCAUAUAUACAGUGUUACAUAUUGGUUUUACAAGCUAUUUUGUAUUAUUGUAGAAAUGACAAUCUAUUUGUGAACUUAGUGGUAUGCCACAGACUGUUGCUAACCCUGCUGUAGACUUCCGAGCUACUUUGAUGUAGAACUCACGAUGAAUGUAGGGAACAUAACCUGGCAUACGCCUUAUCCACGUUCAGCCCAGCUGUACCUGACGCUAAGAAAAAAGCACUUGGAUGGAGGACCUCACUUACCUAAACUGUACAUCUAAAUAUACAAGGAAGAUGAUCUGAUAGAGAUGGUUAAUCAUGUUAGUGGAUUGCUUUUUCCAGUAUCCUGUCCAUGAGUGAUCGAGAGGAAGUGCUGCACAUUUGAAAUGCAAGAAGCUGUAGAAUGGUUAGUUAAAACAACCACUCUGUUGGAGGAGGAUUAUUGCAAAUUCCUAUUCAAGUUCAGUUUACGUUCUAAAAUGGGAAACAUUUUUCUUCUGGAAUACUCUCUUAUCUGAUUUGGUGCAACUGUGGAUGUAUUCAUUAUCUGGCUCCAAUAACUGGUCUCUUGUAUUGAUCUCUGAACUCUGCUGUUCUCAUGAAGCUAGGAGUUCUGCAUGUUUACCAUUCCCCCUUUUCUAAAAAUCACAGUUUCAUUGUCUCUGUUUAACAUGUCCCCUUCAAUUUCAUUGCCAAUCAUUGAAAGUUGAUUCCACAAACCAGUAACUGAGUGUGGCUUGCAGUGCAGCUGCUGGCAAGUGAAAUUUACACUGGGUGAAAAUCUUAGUAGAGACGAUUAAUGCCUUUUUCUUACUAGCAGGACAGGGGAUGUUAAAUCUAAAUUGGGGAUGGUGGAGGCACUAAAUAGUGGAGUUGAGAAAGCUUUUUUACAGUGCAUAGGAAAGGAGGCUCCGUCAGCUUUCCCUGAAGGUCCUCUAUAUUUCUGGCCUUGUCCUCAGCCUUUUAUUCAAAGCAAUUAAAAUAGUUUUCAAAAUGGUUACUGGAAAGGCUGUUCAGUACCUGUAAGCACAAACAGAAAAGAGUGUAUGCUUUGAAGCUGUACUGGAAUUACAGACCUGGGCUGUAUUUCUUAGUCUGUGCUAAGGCCAUAUCUGUAAGGGGCUAGAAAGGGCUAGCAAAAAGUAAAAUGGGAAAUUGAAGAAUUUCAAUAUGUUACCCUCUCUGAAAUCUAGUAAACUAUUACUGAGCUAUUCCAAAUUAUUAUGCCAAAUAAUCCACUCAAUCUAAGUGCUCUGUAAAGUUUUUGAAUGGAAUGAGGGAGCUUUUUGCAAAAUGCUUCAGUUAGGCCAGCUUCUGCCUGCUAUAGUUUUCCUUGAGGAGUUCGAGAUUCAGGGAGGCGCCAAGCAUUUUAUAAUAGCGCAGAACUCCUGUGCUCAGUGGAUAGAAUGGUGUGACCAUGCUGUAACUCCCUCAGAUGGAGCCAGUUGUUCUUCUCAGCUUCCUUUCCCCAGCAGAAUUUCACAGUAUUUGUUUCUCAGCAUUUAUUUUAUUCCAGGUAUUUCCAGCAAUACUAAGUAAUUGCUAAAAAGAGACAAAAUAAGCUGCUUAUUUUGUUUCUGUAGCUAUUCCCCUAGCUAUUUCUAGAGCAGUCUCUUUUGCUGGGUUGAGAGAGGCUUACAUACUAAGUACCAACUAGUUUUUGUGCAAUUAGCUUCUACAGAAAUGCACUUGUGUUACAUUAUAACCACGUCUUGUAGCCUUCUGUUAUUAGACCUGUUUGAAUAAAUGGACAAAAGUAAAAGGCAGAAGACUGCUUACCCACGUGUUCUGGUGCAUGGGUGCUAAGUACACUGCUGCACCUUUGGUCCCUGUUGAUGAAGCAGGACUCCAUGGAGGCGUAACAAUCCUGUGGGUAUAACUGCAGGUAUAACAGUCAGUUAUACUGGUUGCUGGUUUAGAACUUCAGACAGAAAUAACGGUAAUAAUUCCACCCCACUCCCCCCCCCAACCUAGAUACCAAAAUAUGCCUUGCAAAAUACUAUUUGCUCUUGCACGAGCUUGGGUUUAGUUUAAGAUCAUGAACUGCCUUGGGCUACAACUGUUUUAUAGAUCUUCUUAAGCCAUGUUAAGGGUACACUGCCAAUAGCUUUUUCUGUCCUGACAAUAAUUGAAAGUGUUCCUUUACAGCUGCUGUUUCGUUACAGUGAAACAUCAGCCUUGCUUUAUUUUUUUUUUGUUACCUUAUGAAUGCUGUCUUAGAAUUGAAGCAAACAGAAAACAAUGGAGUAUUGAGAAAAGAGGCUUCCAUUAAAAAAAAAGCAUCUAGAGAGGAUGGUAUGAUUACAAGGUAUGAAUUUGGACUAAUUAGCUCAGUUCUUGCUAACAUGGGAUUUCAGAGGCUGCACCCCAUAACCAUUUUAUAUAGGAUUCAAUGCUGUAUGUUUUUCCCUCGACAGGCAAACUGACAGACAUUUUGGAAAGCAAGCUUAAUGGUAACAUUAAAUAGGCUCUUGCACAACUGAAAAAAACCCCAACAAACAAAAUGAAACAAAACCAAGUUACUUUCACUUACGUAGUUUUACGUAAAAACAGAAGUUAGCAACAUCAGCAGCUUUUGUUAAAAAAAGAAACCCAGCCAUUUUCAGUAAGGCAAAGCAAUGUUAGAGCACUUGGUUUCUCAAAAGUUUACUCUACUUGUGAAAGCAGUCUACUUGUAAAAGAGUCUCAACUUACAGAAAUAAUACAAUUCUGUAAAUAUUUUCAGUAAUUAGUACCACUUUUUUAAUGCAGAAUUACUGCAGAGGGUAUGAGCCUGGUGAGGAACCUUACCCAUAGGCUAUCAACUUAUGACAAUUUGGAAGCAAAAAUUGGUCACCAGGAUUUUGAAUGAAACUGAUUUAGUUCCCAUGCACAGCAGUUUGUAGGAUGCUGGUGUCUUAAUCAUGGAUUAUUUUUUAUUUAUUUUAUUUUUAAAAAAAGUCACAGCAUUUUCCAAGCUUUUUGAAAAUCAAGAUUCUUAUCCAUUGCAACAAAGUUUCAGAAUGGAGUAAACCAAUGGAAAAUAAAACACUUCCAGGUAAUCUAGAAAGAAUAAUGAGUAAGUUUAUAUUCAUGGACAUAACCCAGAUCAUCAACAAGACAGUUACACUUAUUUCCUUUAAAAGGAAUGAUUCCACUCAGUCUUGGUAUAGAGUCCUGCAAAUGCUGAAGUUUAGAGCCAGUGUGGCUAUAGUUGGAUAAAGCACAACCUUGGUUUAAUUGCUACUGAUCUUAGGGAAGAUUUACAGCAGAAGUUUUCUGGUGUAUCUAAACCUAAUAGCAAAAUCCUAGAACAGAGGCUGUGGUUGUUUAACAGUCUCCAUGGGUUGUUUUUUUGGUUUUUUUUUCCUGCAAGAACACUGCAUAAUUUUUCCAUGUAUUUCUUGUAAAGUGUACUCUCAGAAGUAAAAGGAGGCUGGUAGCAAUGUCUGCUUUUCAUUUUACAAGCUUAUGUAGGGACAAACUGUAAGGGAUACUUUUGCCAGGUGGUUUUAUUAAUAUAUAUGAAGCUGUAAAUGUAAUAUAAAAAAAAGGAAAAGAAGAAAUAUUUUCUUGUCUGACCACACACUUAUAUCAGUUUAGGCAACUGACAGCUAAAAUUACUCCAAACUGCUUUUCUUGAAACAUCAAUUUCAAAGAAUAAAAUACAAACAGGAACAUUCUCUGUUUUGUGACUACUUACAUGUAUGCACCAUGUAGUUAGUUUCAGCUUGCAUGUUCUUGAAAAAACAUGAGCAAGUUCUAAUAAUUUUAAGCAUUUUGAAGCCUGUAAUUAAUUUGGCAGGUCCCUAGAGGAGGUGAAACAUUUGACAUAAUGAAAGGGAAAGCUGUUUUUCCAUUGAGAGAGAAACUUGGUUCUGCAAAGUAUGAGAUAUUCUCAUGAUAGGACUAUUUUUAGCCAGAGCCCCUUUUAGCAGUUCUGUUGAGCUGAACAGUGAAAUGUUCCCUGCAACGUUUUUCAGCAUAAUGAGCUGGUCUUUGGGAGUGGGGAAGUGGGGAGAGCUGGAAGUUUGGCAAGGAUAAUCUCUGUUUAUAUUUACGUAUAAAGAGAGGCAAGAAUCACUGUUGUUGUGUUCACAUUGUACUCCCCACUAUAUCUUUUGUGUAAUUUGAGUGCUUGUUGUCUUUGUACAUUUUUAAGAUUGUGUCUAACUUGCAAAAUCUUUUUUUUUUUUUAAUUUUUUAUUUUAACGAAGCUUCUCACUGUAAUAAUGCUAUUAAAAGUUUAGGCUCUUUUGGGCUAGUGA